AGUACCCUCGACGUGCGUGAAGUUGCGAGGGCCCGAUCAAUGCUGCUCGCAGCUUUAAUUUUUCCUUAGUCUGGGUUUCUCUAUGUCCUCUUAUGCUGCUAUUCAAACAUCAACCAGCGUAAAUCUACGAUGGGCCUUACUGCCGCGGGCAUCGCGUCGUCCCAGACACAACAUUGUAAUGCUUCAAAAAAGAUUAAACACUGUUAUUCCAACGAAGAUUACUACUGUCCUAGUGUAUUGUCCAUUAAGUUGCAAUCUUGCCUUCUGUCCUAUCAAUUCUGUUUGCAGGUUCUUAAAUGUGUUAAGCAGCCUAUUAAACAGAUCCGCAAAGGUCUCAAAGAAACGGGAAUCUGGCCGCUUCUUUCAGACAGGCCAGAUGUGCACCCCAUUUUUAGAAGGGAGUCGCUCCCAUGAGGAGCUUUACCCACAGGCUGUGAUCCAGAACAUCCACUGGCCACAACCGAAAUGUGACGGUGACGAGGAAGACCCUGUUCCAUUGGAUAAAGUCAGUCUCGUCACUAGAUUUUUGAGGAAGUUCAUAGAGGAAGCAUCACCAGAGGUGCUCCGUGACCUCAUGAACUUCUGGGUUGGGUGGGAGCUGCUGACAAGAAACCUCAUCGUUGAGGUUGUAACCUCAACUUACCUGGUUGCUCUCACCUGCUUCUUCAAAUUGAAGCUCCCCAGACACUACCAGACCUAUAAGAUGCAAAUUAGCUUAAGCUACAAUCUGGUACAGUGCUUCGAAUGGUGACAUUUAUGUUUAAACUGUACAUGGUCCCUUUUAAAUAAAUAAGAUGCUCCACCAGGACAUGAUGAUGGCCAUCAGUUCUGGUUUUGGGCUUGUGUAGAUGAAAAUAUCAUGGUGUUACACUUGAAUUCCUGUUCACAUAUGCCCUAUUUAGUUUCUGAAGUUCUUUAAAUAUGAUUAUUUCAUUCAAGUGUACCACUACCAAUACUGUUAAACCAUAACAAUGACCAGUCCCUUGAAACACAGUAAAGCAGUACAUUAUUUUGUUUUAAUUGUUUUUAUGUACAAAUUGUAUGCAAGAAAGGCAUGAGUAAAAACAAUGCAAACUUCAAAUGAAAUGCUCUUAGUCAUUACUUCACACAUGUUAAACAUUUUUGGGAAGU